UUUACAUAUAUAUAAAAAUAAAAAUUUACAAUCAUAUGGGGUUGUGAAUGAAAAAAAUAUUUUUCAUAUAUAUUUACAUAAUAAUCUUUAUGUUUAAAACAUAUUGAAUAAAACUAUGUUUGAUGAUUGUACAACUACUACAAAAAUGAAUAUUGAUAAAAAUAAAGAAGAUUAUGUUAUUCAUAAUGGUGAACUAAGUCAAAAAUGUUACAUUGCAUGGAGUCCUCCAAAAGAUAAAAAAAUUUCAUAUAAACAGAGAUAUGUAACAUGUAGUAGAUCAGUUCCACAUAAAAGUAAACAUUUUAUUAAAUAUAGAAUAAGCAGAUCUUUGAAUUUUGAUGGAAGUACUUGUAAUUCCAGUUCAGAAAGCAGUUCUUUUGAAGAAGAUAAACAUUUAUCUAGAUCUGCUAAGAUAAUGAGAGCUUUAAAUUUCAAUAGCAGUCCUUCUUAUUAUGGAAAAACAAAAAUUAGAAAAUCAUUGAAUUUCAAUUUAACUCCAAGUCCAAAAAGUUUUCGGUGCAUAAAAAAAGGUAUACGAAAAUCUGUGAGCCUUAACUUUAAUUCUCCUUUAUCUGCUUCUAGAAAAUUCUUAAAUCUUGAUGAUAAUCCUAAUAUUUCUACAAAUAGUAGUUUAUUAUUUUCAUCUUCUGAUUCUAUUGAUGAAAAUCAAAAUGAAACACCCUCACAAUCAAGUACAAAAGAACAUGAAAUUCUACAUUAUUCUACACCUAAUACAAAGUCAACUAAAAAAUCAUUAUGUUCAGCAAGUUUUACACCAUUAUUACGCAAUCAAUUAAAAGAAACUAUUGAUAAUAUUGUUUAUGUUAAUGCAACACCUAAUUCACAAUCAUUAAAACGUAUCAAAGGUAGAUCAAAAUAUACAAAUAAUAUUCCCAUGAAUACUUCAAGAAACUUAUUUCAUGAAUUUCAUGAUAAUGAUGAAAGUAGAUCAUGUACACCUAAAAAUUUAGUCUGUAUAAUUCCAGAAAGCAUGAGUGCAAUUAAAAGAAGUCAUAAGAAGGAAAGAUCAUCAAGACGAAAUGAACGUUGCACAUCACAAUAUACAAAUAAUUUUGUAAAUGAUGAAACUAUACUUCAGGAUAAAAAUAAUCUUCUACUAACUCAACAUGGAAAAUAUAUUGAUGCAUUACAAGAUUCUAAAUCAGAUAUAAAUCAAUCUAUUAAUGAAAAUAUUAAUGAAUUAAUAUUAAGUCAUUCUGAAGGUGAUAUGUCAGACACUGGUUCACUUUUUGACUAUACCGAAGAAAAACAGAAUAAUGUUUUAAAAGAAUCUAAAAUAUCAGAUUGGACAUUAAAUUACAGUAAUGUCAUAUCUAAAACAGAUAAUUUUGAAGUAAAAUUAGAAAAAAAUAUGAAAUGUCUUUCAAAACUUGAAAAUGAAAAUGAAUUAUUUCAAAAUUUUAACAAUAUUGAUGCAAAUAAUUUAUCUAAUCAAAAUAUCAAUGUAACAAAUGAUAGUAGAUCAGUAACUCCAGAAUCAGUAAAAGAAAUUGUAUUAGAAUCGCAAACAUCGGUUACUCCUGAGAAUUCUAUAAAUAUUUUACAAAAUAUUGUUAAAGAUUCUAUAAAAAAAUCUCAUAAAAAAAUUAAGGAUGAUAAUAAAAGAAAAUUGUUCAGUCCGAAAGUUUUACAAAAUAAACUCGAAACAACGGAAGAACAAGAAAAUAUAAAAUGUUGGAAAAAUUUUGAAAAUACUGAAAAAAAUAUAAUAUCCAUUGAAACAAAUUAUCAUAAUACAAAAGAAGAGCGAUCAUCUACUCCUGAAAAAGUGAACUCUAGUAGACUUUUAUUGUCACAAUUUAAUUCUGUUAAAAAAUCUCAUAAAAAGGAUAAACAUAAUAAAAUAUUAUCUGGAUUUUUAAAACGACAAGAAUAUUUUAAUAAUGAUAUGGAUUUAGAUAUUAACAAAUAUAAAACAUUUAAUGUUGAUGAUACAUCCGAAUGUAAAUAUAGAAUGGAAGAUUUUUCUUCAAAUUUGGAUGUUAUCACAAAUAUCGGAGAUUCUACUUCUUUAAUCUCAUCUGAGAAUUCAAAUAUAUCAUUGGAUAAAUUAUCUCCAAAUAAAAAACAGAAGUCACAAGAUCUAUCGUUGAAUUGUGAAAUGAAUAUGUCGUAUGAUUCCGAAUUACAAGAAUUGGAUAUAUCUAAAGAAGAAUUUAAAAUUUUCACUCCUCUUAAAAGGAAAAGAUCAUCAAUUGCUUCAAUUGCUUGUAAAGAAUAUUUAUGUUUUUAUGAUUUAUCACCUGAAAAAAAUGAAUAUUCAGAAGAUGGUAAUAUUAGUUUUUCGCGAUGUUUAACGCCAGUACCAAACUUUUCAAAUUUUUGCGCAAAAAUAAAAGAAAAUAAUGUUACAACAGUAAAACUCGAUAAUAAUAUUAACAAUGAAAAUACGAAAGAAAUAUAUGAUUCAGAUAAUGAUGUAACAGGCAGAUUGACUCCAAGAAAUAUGUCAACUACAGAAUUAUAUCCUAAUUUAGAUUCCAUUAAAAAAUCUCAUAAAAAAAAUAAACGUGGAAAUAUUUCAAGAAAAGAUUUCACUUUAAUCAGAAAUGACCAUUAUGUAAAUGAAAGACAUGAAACGUCUAUGGAAAAUAUUAUAAAUGAAACAGAUAAUCUAUCAGAUUUUUCGAAUGAUUUUGUUACUGUAGAUGAUGUAAUAAAUAAAUCAAUACAUGAAAAACCGAUUAGUAAUAAUAAUACAGAAAUAAAAGAUUCGACAAAUCUUGUUGAUGAUAAUCAGAGUUCUGCAAAUAAUAAUUCGAAAAAUGCAACUGUAACACCACCAAAUUGUUUAAAGACAAAAAGUUAUAUCAAAUUAUUAGGGGAAACUUCUAUUAAACGAUCACAUAAAAAAGUUCGAGAUAAAAGAAAAGAAGAAUUAAUAAUUAAUACAAACGAAUUAUCGGACGAUGGAUCAAUAUUUGGUGAUGAAGAAAAUUUGAUUUUUACCGAAGAUAAAUCCAUGCGUGAUUAAUAAUAUUUAAAUUGAUAAAAUCACACAUUUUUAAAAAUAUCUUAUCGGUAAGUGUAAUUGUAACUCUUAUGAUUAAUAUGUAGCAUGUACAUCGAACUUUUUGUAUAAAAAAUAUUUGAAAUUUUUCCUGAAUUAUUCUUGUAGCUAAAAAGUAUCAAAUAAUGUUUUUAUUCUAUAGUAUAUUUGUUCUAUAAAAUCAUUUUUCAAAUACUUAAUUUCUAAAAUAUAACAUUAUAAAAAUUGUAUUGUAUACAAUAACGAAACAAGUAUAUGUAAUUAGUUUAAUGUCUAUGUAUGUAUAUUGGAAACAAUAUCGUCCUUAAGUUUUGUACGAUAUUUACUAACAUUUAUAUUAGAAAUAUAUUUAUUAGAAAUGCUUACGUUACAUGUAAUCAUAUCUAUGUACUUUAUAUCAAAAAUCUAUGAUAAUAUCAUAGAAUUGUGUUACAUUACACAUUAAAGAUAUAAAUUGAAAUUAAAUUGCAUUGACUCCAUACUAUUUGAAACUGAUUACUUUUUUAAUUGCCUUAUUUUAUUAUAAUAAAUAUAUAUUAAUAUAAAGUCUGAUAAUAAUGUUAUGCAUCUUUAUUAUUACAUAUAUUUGUCCGAUAUGUUGUUACUAACAUUUAUAAAAUAAUGGAUUUAUAAUAAUAUGGAAAUAAAUAGGAUUUUCUUUCUAAUUUUAUUAGUUAUUUUCUAACGUUGUUCUAAUAUAAACUUUGUUUAUUUUAAUUAGAUCAUUUGUGCGAUUUAUUAAUUCAAAUAAAAAUAAUUUUGUAAAACGAUAUAUAUUAUUAAUGACUGAAAAACAGAGAUGUAAGAUGUACUCAAUUUGUAUAUUAGAAUAGUUAUGUUACGAAUACAAGAUGAUUUAUUGAUUAAGUUAAAUACAUAUUAUUGAAUAGAAUUAA